AUGUUGCUCUCUUCUGACCAGCGCCAGUGGAGACCUCCUGUCACAGGCGAGGACCACAUCGGCGCGACUCUGCGCCAUGUGCCAGACCGCUAUGCUGUGGAUGUGGGCCGCUCCAUGGCAGCGGCCCAAUUCGGGCCAGCACCUUUGGCUUGGCUGGCUAAUAUCGAGGUGGCGAGAGGAGGCCCGGUGGCGAGACGGGAGUCUGCAGCUAAAGACUCGGCUAGGCUAGCCCCGCACCUAGCACCCGAGGCGCAGGCCCACCAGCCAUUACGGAGCCGGACAGAAGGCAUAGAUCGUUCGCCCGGAGGCAUCCUGACCCGUAUCCGCGCUCUGUUUCUCCAUCGUCCCCCUCGACGAGCCCCGGGUCCAGACAGACCCAUGGGUGGCUCGCGGGAGCAACGCACCACCACCGACCUCCAUAUGGUAGAGGAGGCCGGGCCCUGCCGCCCAGAGAGGGGCGUGCAGUGGACUACGCGAACUACGACUCCGGUUUCUCUGAUCCAUACUAUGCCUCCCAUGAGAGGUCAGGCGAAUGGAAACUGGGCUCGCCCCCCCCUCCAUGAGGCAAGAGCCAGGGGGGGGCACAGCAGCCGAGUCACGUGGAGAUGGAGCAGUCCCGUACUUAUGACUGGGGACUGCAGGACACGUGACCGCCCCCGCGCUCACGGUGUGAGCGCAGGGUGCCCCCCCGGCCCAUUCGUCACCCCCCCCUCCCUGCUAGAACACCAAGGAGAGGGCGGGGCCGAGACGUCUUGUGUUCCUGCUCCCGUUCCGCUCCUCAUCAGACUCUACAGCAUCUGGAGGGAGCAAAGAUGGCUGACAUAUCUAUGGCUGGAGAUAACUUUGCGCAGGGGUUGCGCACUGCAUUCUCCCAGAAGCCACCACCAUUCCGUGGCGUAA